UAAAGUAAAGACACCAAUCCUUUCUGAGAUACUGUUCUUUAUGAAAUACGUUCAGUUUUUAAUAGUUUAAUAAUUACUUUGAAACACUGUUCUAAAUUGAAAGCUUGUUUUAAAUAUUAACAAAGGCGAAUAUUUAUGCUUUACGAGUUUAUGGAAUAUAAAGAACUAAAUAACUCAAAUAUGCACAUAAAGAGAGAAAUUGAAUCUAAUGAUGAAGCCUCUAAUAAAAUGAGAAAUGAGUUGUUUAAUUUUAAUGAGUUUCUAGAUUUCAUUUGGUAUCAGUGGUUAAAAAGUUAUUACUGGCUCGAACGGGUUGAAGGAACAAUUGGUAUGUGCAAGUUUUGCUUAAUUAAAAUAAAUUGCAAGUAUAUUCACUUGCGAGAACGCCAUCAAAGAUCCCAAGCACACAAAGACGCAGUUAAAUUGAAUGGAUCGGGAGAGGAGAAUGGCGUCUUUACUAUGAAUAAUUGGUUGUUAACUCUAACUAAUUUUAAAGAACAGAGCUAUUGUGUGCUCUGUGAUAUUUACAUAAAAUCAAUUUAUUUUAAACAUCACACUAGAGGAUGUAAUCAUACGAAAUUUCUAACAUUAAUACACAAGGAUCAAUCGAUAGUAAAUGAAACUGCAGAAAAAAUAAAGAAUGAGACUUUGUUCAUAAUUAAUAGUAAAACUUAUUCGUGUAUUAGUGACGAGUUACGAAAGAAGUAUGAUUGGGUUUCUUAUGACGGUCAAAAUGCAUUGAUGGCAUUUUGCAAAGUUUGUAAUAAGAAUAUUACUCUCCCUUGGUCUGAAACUAAGUUGAAGUUACAUGAAAAAAUUGCUCAUGGAGAAUACAGAACGAACAUAUAUAAAAAUUACGUGGAAAGUUCUCAAAGAAUUGAGGAAUGCGAAGAGAAUGUGUACCAAACAAAACGUGUGCAUCGUACAAAAGAAAAUAUGAACACUAAACGUGCAAAAUACGCUGAAGACACGCAAUCAAACAAUGAUGAAGACGAAUCAGAAUCGGAUACACUCGUAUCAACUAGAAAUACAUAUGACUUAUUUUUUAGAAGUGUAAGCGAAACUGUCAAAAGGAUACCCAGAUUUUUGGCAGUGGAAGCUAAACUGACCGUCUCGAAAAUCAUCUAUGAUCUCGAGAUGCGUGCAAUGAGGCGGUUAUAGUCAUUUUUAUUUAUAUAAUAUAAGUCAACACCUUGACUAUUUAUCCACAAUUUGUGUUAAUAUAUAAAUCAGAUGUUCCGUUUUGAAAUUGAAUUCAAUAACUAUUAAAUUAAUUAAUUACUUAAUAAAGUAAGAAUGUUUAAAACUUUUCCAUAUCUUUA